GUUAAAAUGUUUCACUGAGAGAGCGAGAGAGAGAGAGACAGAGAGAGAAAGAGAGGGAGUUGUUCAGAGAGAUAAGAAAAAAGAGAGAGACAGAGAGCGAUCGGGACAGCAGUAGCAGUACAGAGUCAGUUGGCGGGGCACAGUGGUGUGGACUUGGUUCUGGUUCUGGUCGGGAAUGGAGCUGUGGCGUCAGUGUGCGGCGUGGCUGAUCCGGUGCCGGGUGCUGCCGGAGAACCACCGGGUCACCUGGGACUCGGCGCAGGUGUGUGACCUGGCUCACGCGCUCCGGGACGGGGUUCUGCUCUGCCAGCUCCUCCACAACCUGCUGCCCCAGUCCAUCAACCUGAAGGACAUCAACCUGCGGCCCCAGAUGUCUCAGUUCCUCUGUCUGAAGAACAUUCGCACCUUCCUAUCCACCUGCCAGAGCCGUUUCAGGAUGAAGAAGAGUGAGCUAUUUGAGGCCUUCGACCUCUUCGAUGUGAGGGACUUUGGCAAGGUGAUUGACACGUUAUCAUCGCUAUCCUACACACAGGCUGCAAUAGACCGCGGGAUCCAGGCAUUUCCAUUAGAGGGCAGUGUUCCUGAUGAAGAAAUCUACAGUGGCCUCUCUGACCAGAUAGAUGACACAGCGGAUGAGGAUGACGAUCUGUACGACUGUGUGGAGGAUGAGAUCGAUGAAGGAGAUGAGAUCUAUGAGGACCUGAUGAGGGCGGAUGUUCAGGAGCACAAGGCACCAGAGGUGGACAAGAGGCACUGUUGUCUGCAGGAGAUCAGGAGCACAGAGGAGAAGUACACAGAAACUCUGGAGUCCAUAUUAAAGCACUUCAUGAAGCCACUCCAGCGAUUUCUGCAGCCUCAAGACAUCGAGAACAUUUUCAUCAACGUCAAGGAGCUGGCUUCCACACAUCGCUCUCUCCUGGAGGAGAUCCGCACCUCCAUCCUCAACUGUGGGGCCGAGAACCUGUACCAGGUCUUCAUCAGCUACAAGGAGAGGUUACUGCCGUACGGGCGGUACUGCAGUCAGAUCGAGGCAGCCACCAAGCACCUGGACAAGAUGGCCAGCACCAAGGAGGACGUGCGCAUGAAGCUGGAGGAAUGCUCCAAGCGAGCGAACAGCGGUAGAUUUUCCCUGAGAGAUCUCCUCAUGGUGCCCAUGCAGAGGGUCCUGAAAUACCACCUGCUCUUACAGGAGCUGGUGAAACACACCACUAAUCCAGCAGAGAAAGACAAUCUGCGCACUGCCCUGGAUGCCAUGAGGGACCUGGCGCAGUGCGUGAACGAAGUCAAGCGGGACAACGAGAUCCUCCGACAGAUCACCACCUUCCAGCUGUCCAUCGAGAACAUGACCCAGUCUCUCGCUCUGUACGGCCGUCCCAAAAUUGACGGGGAGCUGAAGAUUCUCAGCUCAGAGAAGAGGUCCAAGCAGGACAGGUACGCCUUCCUGUUCGACCGCGCCAUGCUGGUGUGCAAGAGGAAGAGCGGGGACAACCUGGAGCUGAAGAAGCUCAUCGAACUGCAGAACUACCAGGUCAAAGAUGAACUCGGAGGAGAACGGGACAAUAAGAAGUGGUCCAGCACGUUCUACCUGCUAGACACCUACGAUGAGAGCAGCUUUGAUCUCUACUUCAAAACCAAGGAGCUGAAGAGGAAAUGGCUGGAACAGUUUCAGAUGGCUCUGUCGAACAUUUUCCCUGAUAACCACACAGCCAACAACCAUGACUUCCAGAUGUACAGCUUUGAGGAUACCACAUCCUGUAAGGCCUGCUGCAUGCUGCUCAGAGGGAUCUUCUUCCAGGGGUACCGCUGUUCGCGCUGUAAGGUUGCAGCUCAUAAGGAGUGUCUGGGCCGAGUGCCUGCCUGUGGGAGGAGCUCAGACUCUGGCACCAUGAAAAAGAACAAGAAUCAGCGGUCUGGAGGCAGCAGGCAAUCUGACCCAGUCUUGCCAAAAUUGGAGGUAUGUCAGGAAUAUUUCGGAUUGCCUCCGCCCCCUGUCGCAUUCGGCCAACCGCUGCCCCUCUCCAUGGGUGAUGUCAUCGAGCUGAUGCGGGCGGAGGCGGAUCUGCAGUGGUGGGAGGGCCGGAACAUGACAGUGGGGGAGACAGGGUGGUUUCCUGCUUCAAAAGUGCGACCCUUCAUCCCUAGACCCACUCCAGAUCUGACAGCGUUCCACUGGUUUGCGGGGACCUUGGAUCGAGCAGCUGCCAAGAACCUGCUUCAGACUCGCUCGGAUGGAACGUACCUGGUCAGGCAGAAGGAUGCUGGCGAGUUUGCAGUCAGCAUCAAGUUCAAGAUGGAGAUCAAACACAUCAAGAUAACAUCUUCAGAGGGGCUUUUUCGCAUCAACGAGAAGAAGGCCUUCAAAGGGUUAAUCGACCUUGUGGAGUUCUAUCAAACAAACACCCUGAAGGAGUACUUCAAAGACCUGGACACACCGCUACAGUUCCCCUUUAAGGAGCCAGAGCAGGGUGCCAGCCCCCCCUCUCCUGCAGGGGGCAGCGUGCGCUACACCGGCACGGCCAGGGCGCGGUACGACUUCUCGGCUCGGGAUCGCACCGAGCUGUCCCUGCGUGAGGGCGACACGGUGAAGAUCAUCUCCAAGAAGUCCACCAAUGGCUGGCUGAAGGGAGAGGUGUAUGGCAGGGUGGGCCUGUUCCCAGCCAACUAUGUAGAGGAGGAGCAUUCAGACUACUGCUGACACUGUGAGACCAGAGGGAGCACCUCCCCCGUGACCUGUACUGUCCCAUCCCCACACACCCCCAACUCAACACCCUGUGUGUGUGUGUGUGUGUGUGCAUUUCUCCUGCCUGCACCUCACCCUGUCUGUGCCCUGCCCCUCUCCACCCGACUGCAGACAACCCGGCCCAGGACACCUCACUGUGCUGCAGUUACAUUUGUUUAUUAAUAUUAAUAUUAAAGUCAUGUUUCUGUGUACAUUUCUACACAGUAAAAUAAUGAUGGGUAAAUCUGAGUAAAGAUGUUCAUAUUCAUUUCAAAGGGACCAAAGUUCACUAUCAGUGUUGAGUUUAUACAUAAAAUACACCAUCAGAAAUCUCUACUGUUCACCCCAUUCUACACACAUAUAACUACUGUUCCCCAUGCUACACAAACAUAUCUAUUGUUCACCAUAUUCUACACAAACAUCUCUAAUCUCCAUCCUGCUCACCCUGUGCUAUACGGAAAUGUCUACUGUGCUGCACACACAUUUCUAUUGAGAAUUAAUUACUUAAUCUAACUUAAUCUUUGGACUAUGAGAGGAAACCGGAGUGCAUGGACUCAGGGAGAACAUGCACAUUCCUCACCGAGAUGCCCGGGCAAAAUAACUAAAAUAAAGCCAUCACAGAGGCUGAUGGGGAAAAAAGUAUCCUUUCCUUCACUUGUCUCCUCCUCCUAUUCAAAAGUAUGGGGGGAGUAGACGAGUGGAGGAAAGGAGGAUGUGUUUUCCUCCUGUGACUCCUGAUGCCUCGCUGUGUUCAUAAGCAUUAGUGGGAUAGGCCUCGUUUUGUGGCGUGAAUAAGAGGCUAUGAAAACGAUGAAUAAAGAUCAGUUUAACAAACGGAUUAGUCUAGUCCAGAAUCAUUCCAAACGUUAUUUUCUUUCAGAAAAUUGUUUAUGUGGAACGAGUGCCCAUGUCACUUCAAAAAUGUUUCUCCAAACUCACUAUUGCUAUGAGUGCCCCCUUAAAACAAGAGAUUGAAUAAGGAGUGGACUAUUUUUUAAGCCUGUACCAUCAUAAGCCUGUACGCUUUGAUGUAACCGCUUCAAUGUCAAGAGUCAUAUUGGCAGUAAUGUUCUGAGUACAAAGAUAUCUUAUCCCUUA